UUGUCAUGCGUCAUCUUGGUGAUGUACCCAACGCUUUUGUGAACCUGAUGGGCCUGCUGUACAUGCUGAACCUUGACUAUCCAAAAGAGAUGAAAUAUACUUUUGAGGUGAUUCAGCGCCUGUUCAUGGGAAUCAGGUCUGAGAUGUGCACUCCCAGGGUCCACUCUCUAAAGAAUAAACUGCUCAGUUAGAGGGAUGGCUCAGGAGGAUGUUUCUGCAUUUGGCCAUGAGGAAGUAUUCUAAUUUUCUUGCCAUUUGUCCACUAUGUAGUAAGAGGAAAUAAAUGUAAAGCCCUUCUGUGGGUCACAACAGUUUAUGUUUUUAUGUUCUAACAGAUGUCUAUUGCUCUCUGUGGAGGAAAUGUCUCUUGCAGACACUAAUUUUAUGUUGUAGAGCAAACACUAACAGAGUGAGAUUUCUGUGGAGAUUUCUGUAAUGUUUGAACGUGUUCAUUUUCUGGCUGACAUUUGAGCAAGUUUCUCAGAGAUACAUUAUUUGUUUUGUUUUUACAAAUCUUUCAGCAAUUUACUGCAGCAACUCUGAACAUCCACAACAAUGGACUCAGUUUGAAUUCGGAGAGUUAUUUUUUUCCCCAAAGGAAGGCUGCACUUAUUUUUAUGUAUUAUAUUAUUAUUUGUGGAACAGUGUAAUUUCAGUUAGUAAGCAGCCCCAAGCAAAAGUGUAUAUAUAUAUAUAUAUUUUUUUUUUUUUACUGAAAUCAAAUGAAUAAGUAAUACAAUAUUACAACAUUUCAUGCCUGUUUCAUUAUAUAAUACAAUUCAGUCUUUUAUGUUUUUUUAAAUGUUAGCCUUUUUAUGUAUUUCUUUUUCCAGGUUGUUUACAGUUAUAAGAUAUUUUCUGCUGUUUUCAUUUGAAUAAAAUAAUGCUCAAACAUGUUAUCUAAUAUGCUAGGAUCUUAAAUUAUUGAUUUUGUGGCUUAAUAUAAGGUCAGACACUUGCAUCAUUAUUAACAUUUCACCAAAAUCAUGCUCAUGUGGAGUUACUAUGUUUGUAAGGCUAUUAUUUAAAUCUAUCAUUUAAAGUGAAACUGAAAGUUAGACCUGCAUGUAUAAAUACAGCCUCUGAUGAGGGCUACCAUCACAUCACGCCUAUACAUCCCAGGAGCACAAGUCAGUAUAGCUCAAUUUAAAAAGCUUUGUGUCUUUCUGCAGUGUGGGGUGUGGUAUUAUUUUCUGGGUUUUUAAAGGGAAAAACGACAAAUAGUCGCAAAUGGGAGGUGGAUCAUCAAAAGAGACCGAAAGCACAUCAACAACAAAUGUUUCAAAACAAGAGACAUCAACAACAAAAGCAGCAUCAAAUGAACUGGAAAAAGCAUGGAGGAAAUUUGACUGGGGACAGAAGGAAGCACUGAAAAGCCGUCUAGAAAGGUUUACUCUGAGUAAUCCAGAUGUGACAAACAUCAAAAUCCUGGUGGCUGGACAAAUUGGGGCAGGGAAGUCCAGCUUUAUUAACUCUGUCAUUUGUGCCUUUCAAGGAGAAAUAGUUUGUGUAGCAAUAGCUGAAACUUUGGAAUCAGGUGCCAGUCACAGUUUCACACGAAGACUGAAAGCACACCACAUCAGAAGUGCAGAUGCAGAAUUGCCUUUUGAAAUCUGUGAUAUCAUCGGCUUAGAACCUGCAAAUAUAUCUGAACGUGAACCAGAUGACAUUGUCAAAGCCAUAUAUGGUCAUGUGAAGGAGGGAUAUAAAUUUAGCGAGGAAAAAACACUUGCAAGCGGUGAUGAGCAUUACAAUGAAACCCCUUCACUGUCUGAUCAAGCAUUCUGCCUGGUUUACGUCAUAGAUGCAAAUACAUUCAAUUUGUGUAAGGAUGAGAUAAUUGUCCAAAAGUUGAGGAAAAUCCGCCAGAAAAUCAGUGAGAAUGGAAUUCCACAAGUGAUUGUCAUGACUAAAGUGGAUAAAGCAUGUCCACUGGUCGAAAAUGAUCUAAGGAAGAUCUACACCAGCAAGAGGAUCAAAGAAAUAAUGGAGUUGUGCAGUGCCAAAGUGGGUGUGCCAAUGAACCACAUCUUUCCAGUGAAGAACUACCAUAAUGAGAUUGACACAGAUGAUGAUGUGGAUGUUUUGAUUCUCAAGGCAUUUGAUCAGAUUGUGCGUUCUGCUAAUGCAAGACUGAGUAAUGGUGCUUCCAACCUAUGAGUUUUCAGGACAAAACCCCGAAAUAAUAGUAUUUAGGGCUGAAUGAAAGUUAAAUAAGUAAAAGUAUAUCACCAGCUGAAUC